AUACAUUUUUGGGAUAAUUAGUUUUUAUGGAAAAAAAAGGGCCAAAAUGGAAAAAAAUCAAUCAAAUAACGAAACAUCUAAGGAAACACCAUGUUAUAAAGAACAAUGUGCAAUACAGAAGAAAAAAAAAUGCAAAAAUUUUCAAUAUUUAUGGAAUACAGAUAAUAAUUUUUUUAAUACGUCUAAUGAGCAAAAUUCGUCUAAAAGUUCAGUAAAAUCACAACAAAAUUGUCAUAAUAAUACAGAAGAACUGACUAUUUCUGAAAAAACGCUAAAACAAAUAAAAGUUUGUGAAUUAUUAAAUGAACUUUCAUUAAAACCUGCAAAAAAAAAUACUGACCAUAAGUUUUGGAAUACACAACCUGUGCCUUCUUUUGACGAGGAAAUUAUAGAAGAAGGACCUAUUGAUGAUAGUAAGGAUCUGGAAAAAGUUAAUAAAGAGCCAUAUACGCUUUUAAAGGAAUUUGAGUGGACUACUAUGGAUAUUGAUAAUGAAAAAGAGUUAGCGGAGUUAUAUGAACUUCUUGCAAAAAAUUACGUUGAAGAUGAUGAUUCAAUGUUUCGAUUUGAUUAUUCAACGUCAUUUUUGACAUGGGCAAUGAAACCACCUGGAUUUCAUAAAAACUGGCACGUUGGAGUACGUGUUAGUGCAUCUCAAAAACUGGUUGCUUUUAUUUCGGGUAUACCUAUUUCUUUAUGUGUCAGAGAUCGUAUUAUAAGCUGCAGCGAAAUAAACUUUCUAUGUAUACAUAAGAAACUUAGAUCAAAAAGAUUAGCACCUAUUUUAAUAAAAGAAAUAACUAGGCGCUGUAACCUUUUAGGUAUUUGGCAGGCCAUAUAUACAGCAGGAAUUAUACUUCCUAGUCCUAUAUCUUCAUGCCAAUAUUAUCAUCGUAGUCUUAAUUGGCAAAAAUUAUAUAAUAUAGGAUUUUCUCCUCUGCCUAGGGAUUCUACGAUAGCACGGCAAAUUCAGAAGUUUAAACUUCCACAAGAAACAUCAACUUCUGGUUUAAGGCCUACAACAAUUGAUGAUCUUGAACAAAUCUCAAAUUUAUUAAAACGUUUUUUAGAAAAAUUUGACCUUUAUCAAGUAUUUUCUGAUGAUGAAAUAAAACAUUGGUUUAUUCCAAACAAGGACGAAAAUGAAAGGACACUCUUUUCAUAUGUUGUUGAGGAUCCUUCAACAGGAAAAAUAACAGAUUUUUUUUCAUUUUAUUCUCUUCCAUCUAGUAUUAUUUCAGAUGAAAAGUACAAAACUCUUAAUGCAGCAUAUCUAUUUUAUUAUGCAUUAGAAUGCGGUGUUAAAAAAGAUAUGAAUCAAACUGAAUUUAAAACAUAUGUCGAUAGAUUAAAUCUUUUAAUGAAAGAUUGCUUAAUUAUCGCAAAAAAUUAUAAUUUCGAUGUUUUUAAUGCACUGACACUGAUGGAUAAUCCAUUUUUCCUUGGAAAUCAGAAAUUUGGUCCAGGAGAUGGGAAACUAAAUUAUUAUUUAUUCAAUUAUCGUGCAAGAUAUAUAAAUCCCGGUGUAACUGAAACAGGAGAGCUAGAUGUUAAAAAUGCAUCUUCUAUAGGCGUUGUUAUGUUAUAGUGAAAUAUUAUGUGUGAUCUAUUAAUCAAAAUAUUAUUGUCUAAUA